AUGCCUAGGAAGCAUAAGGGCCAGGCCCGAGACGACUGCCCCAAAGACCUCAACGAAAUCCCAUAUAUCCGAUGGAUGAACGUGCAGAUCGCUAACGGCCGUCAUCCCACCGGUUUAUCAGCCCCGAGACCGCUAGACGGGCAGGGUUCUAGUGUACAGUCGCCCCGCGCAGGGUCGUCGCGCGUGCGCCGUCAGCCUACUAGGACCGCCGCCCCGGUUCGGCCCGUCGCGGAGCCGGAUGAAGACGAGUCCGACUCCGAGUACCGCGGCGAUGCCGUCGGCAGUGACGACAAGGACAACGAGCCGGAAGACCUCGAAAUGUCAGAUGACGAAGAAGGCGACGAUGUCGCGGAAGAGGAAGUGCAACCCAUGACACCGCCGGCGAAAUGGAACGCCAAUCGCGUAUCUGGCGCUGACAAGCGGAAGGGCAAAGCGACUGUCGAAGAACCCCGACAUGAGCCUCGAAAGAAGCGGGCUACUGCACCACGCGAGAAGAGUAUGUGGUCGGACCGCGAGAGCACCAUCUUCGUAGCCGCCCGGUGGUUCGCUAAAGACGAGUUUCAGUUGCUCAAGGGGAAGCAGGGCACGCAAUAUUGGGCGCGCCUUCUCGCGCAUAUCAAGGAGUCGAAUCCGGAUUGGAUCCGGGGGGUCAACGCGUUGCAGAAGCAGUGGCGAAACUUGAUGCUACUUUGGAAGGAGUACAAGCGGGGCGAUAUGGGGCCGGGAAAUGGCUCCGUGGAGAAACCUCCGUGGUGGCCGUACAAGGAGCUUUACAACAAGGACACCGCUGCUGCCGACCCGCAUGCGGUAGACGGCGGUGGCGCAACAAAUGUCAACGUGCCGGUCGGCAUGGAGAUUCCGACCUCCUCUCAGCCCGGCACUUCAACGCCGACAUUUACAGCACCGCCGGCGCAAACCACUCCUACAACUAAGCGCGCUCUUGUCCAUGAGACGGCGACCAUGCAAGCCGCAAUGCUAGUCUCCGCAACCAUCAAAGACUGCCACGGAGACGCAAUGAAUCGGAUUGAGGGACUCGUGCGCGAAUGGAUGCAGCAGGAUUUGCGCCUUGCCCGCGAGCGCAUGUCGGAUUCAGCACCUCCUCACGUGCAGCGUGGAAUGGUCAACGACAGCCCACCUCCGCCUCGCGCUGCAUCUGCACCUCCUCCCGAUCGCCGCGCGCCAGACCCUGACGGUGAAGAUGCGGGCCCGUUCCGCGACGAUGGUGGCGACGCCAACACCGUCACUCCUGGUGAUGACGAUGUGGAGAUAUGGGUGCGCGGCGCCGACGAUUGA